AUGAGUGCCAAAGUGGAUCCCCUUCCAUUAACCAUGGAGGAUGAAGUUGAUAAAAUCGAGAUAAAUCAAAACCCUAACAAAAACAACAUAUCAAAUCAAGAUGAAGGUCUACAAAAGUCAUUUCGUGAUUAUGAAAAAGCUUGUGAUCGAGUUAAAAACUUUUAUGAAGAACAACACACUAAUCAAACAUUUGAAUUUAACUUACAAGUAAGAGAAAGGUUUAAAAAGAGAGAAAAGAGAAAGAUGACCAUCUUUGAAGCAUUAGAAGUCUUAGAUGGAUUAGUAGAUGAAUCUGAUCCUGAUAUGGAAUUAGGUCAACUUGAUCAUCUUCUUCAAACUGCUGAAGCUAUUAGAAAGGAUGGUAAACCAGAUUGGAUGCAAGUGGUUGGUUUGAUACAUGAUUUGGGAAAAUUGAUGCAUCUCUUUAGACCUGAAGGAGAAGAAAGUCGUCAAUGGGAUGUGGUAGGAGAUACGUUUGUGGUGGGCGCCAAGUUUAGUGAUAAGAUUAUUUAUCCCAAUACUUUUUCCAAAAAUCCAGAUUGGAAUGAUCCAGUUUAUUCAAGUGAAUAUGGUGUUUAUGAACCAAACUGUGGGAUGGAGAACGUCUUACUCAGUUGGGGACAUGAUGAAUAUUUGUACAAUGUAUUAAAAGAUAAAUGUCUUUUACCUAAAGAAGGUUUAGCAAUGAUUAGAUUUCAUUCUUUUUACCCUUGGCAUAGAGAUGGAGCUUAUCGUCAAUUUAUGAAUGAAGGUGAUCAAAAGCUUUUAGAAGCUGUGAUUUCAUUUAAUCCAUAUGAUUUGUAUUCUAAGUCGACUAUCAGACCUGAUCCUGUGAAAUUAAGACCAUAUUAUCAGUCAAUCGUGGAAAAAUAUUUUCCAGAAGAAAUCGAAUUUUAA